CUCAGCUCAGGUCGGAGGACGGACGAGCCACUAGACGUGCCGCUGUUGCCGGUGGUGGGUGGAGGCGCGUUGGGCUUGGACUUUGUCACAUCGCGGAAAUACAGAAGCUCUGUUCUGGCAAACCUUCUUCAUCCCCCGCACCACCCCCCUCGUCCUGCACACUCGACAGGAGAGGAGAGAGGCAGUGCGUGAGGAGAGCCCAGCCGAGCCCAGCCGAGCGGCAGGCCCACUCUGACCAUGCCAGUGUGGGGAGGAAGUCUGCCUCUCAGCCACAGCACUGCCCGUGUACUACUACUACUCCUCGGACUCGUCUGUCUGGAUACGUCGGUGCACGGCAACAUCUUGGACAGCAUGCCGCUUCGAGCAUCCAAUAAGGAGGCAGCGGCGGAUGGCGGGAAGGAGAGCGGCCGAAGUGCCUCCCCCACUUCCUCGUCGCAGCGACAGCUUUUGUGUCACUGCAUCCACCACUGUCCGGACGACUCCAUCAACAACACGUGCAGAACCGACGGCUACUGUUUCACCAUGGUGGAGGAAGACGGGGACGUUCCGGUCUUCACUGCAGGUUGUCUGGCGCUCAUCGGGUCCGAGUUUCAGUGUCGAGACGAAUGGAGCUCGCGCCAACAGAGGACAUUGGAAUGCUGCACAGAUGAAGAUUACUGCAACCGAAAGCUUCAUCCCACUCUGCCGCCUCUCAAGCCGCCUUUCUACGUUGAUGGAAAGAUCCACCACAUGGCCUUGGUGAUCUCCGUCACUGUCUGUAGCAUCAUUCUGGCUGUUAUCGUUGUCUUCUGCUACUUCAGAUAUAAGCGCCAGGUGUCUCGUCCUCGUUACACCAUCGGCCUCGAGCAAGAUGAGACCUACAUUCCUCCCGGAGAGUCCCUGAAAGAUUUGAUGGAGCAGUCGCUGAGCUCUGGUUCAGGCUCAGGGCUCCCCCUGCUGGUGCAGCGAACGAUCGCCAAGCAGAUCCAGAUGGUGACGCAAAUCGGCAAAGGCCGCUACGGCGAGGUGCGCAUGGGUCGCUGGCGAGGGGAGACGGUGGCAGUUAAAGUCUUUUUCACCACCGAGGAGGCCAGUUGGUUCCGUGAAACCGAGAUCUACCAGACGGGCCUCAUGAGGCACGAGAACAUACUGGGAUUCAUCGCGGCGGACAUCAAAGGGACCGGCUCAUGGACGGAGCUCUACCUGAUCACAGACUACCACGAAAGCGGCUCGCUGUACGACUACCUCAAAUCCACCACGCUGGACAGCAAGGCCAUGCUGCGUCUGGCCUACUCGGCCGUCUCGGGCCUGUGCCACCUCCACACGGAGAUAUUCGGCACGCAGGGGAAGCCCGCCAUCGCCCACCGUGACCUGAAGAGCAAGAACAUCUUGGUCAAGAGGAACGGCGCGUGCUGCGUCGCCGACCUGGGUCUCGCCGUCAAGUUCAUCAGCGACACCAAUGAGGUGGACAUCCCCCCCAAUACCCGAGUGGGCACCAAGCGCUACAUGCCCCCCGAGGUUCUGGACGAGACCCUGAACAGGACUCACUUCCAGUCGUACAUCAUGGCCGACAUGUACAGUUUCGGACUCAUCCUGUGGGAGAUCGCCCGCCGCUGUCUGUCAGGAGACUUCUCAAAAAUGCCGGCUUUUCAUGUGGGUGAAGGCAUCGUGGAAGAGUACCAGCUGCCCUACCACGACUUGGUCCCGAGCGACCCAUCAUACGAGGACAUGCGCGAGGUGGUCUGCAUCAAGAGACAACGUCCCUCCUUCCCCAAUCGAUGGAGCAGCGAUGAGUGUUUGCGUCAGAUGGGAAAGCUGAUGAGCGAGUGUUGGGCUCAUAAUCCGGCGUCUCGCCUCACGGCUCUGCGGGUGAAAAAAACCUUGGCCAAGAUGUCGGAAUCGCAAGAUAUCAAGUUGUGAGGCUCAAUCACUCACACCCAUGCGUGACUAAGGGUCGCUUUCUGUGAAAGCUCAUUUAGCUUGUCGAAGAAGAAAGAAGGAGAAGCGUGAAUGUGUCCCUUAAAAAAUGGACAGUGAGAAACACGGGCUGGCACUAUGUGACAAAGUGUACUGUGAGGCUUUAAGAUAUUUUUCUUCAUGCUUGUUGCAUUUGUAGAGUGUACAAAUGUAUUGUUUUCUCCUUGUCAUGACUUAUGUAUUUUUCAUGUCCAACAUUAUUAAAGUAUUUGUUAGAAUCGA